UUGAAGGGAAAGCUGCUAUGCGAUGUUUGUUUUCACUGAGGGCCAUCAGAGUUAAAAUAGUGCUGCAGUUGAUCUGCCUGUGCAUAGGAACAUUUAAACGGUUAACUAUUUUUCGUGUUCCUGAGUGUAAAAGGGCAGUAUCAAGCGGCCAUGGCUCUGGUCGGGGGUGUCGGAGCCUCGGCCUUACCUAGCGAGCUAAUUGUCCACAUAUUUUCCUUCCUGUCCGCUCGGGACAAGCUUAGGGCCUCGGCUGUGUGCUCUCGCUGGAGGGAGUGUCUGUUCUAUCCAGCACUGUGGACGGAGCUUAAGCUGCGGGUCGGUGGUGGCACAAAUGGCACUGACGAGACCCCGAAAUUGGAGUUUCUCAUGCGGAAGAUUGGCUCCUUCGUGCGUGAGUUACAGCUGGAGUUUGCCCCCGUGGAAGGGUAUCUCAGCCCUUUGCAUGGUGUAGAGGGUAGAAUGGAGCCUCCUGAAAGCGACCCCCAGUUUUCUGAGCGUUGGAAGGAUGCGAUGAACACCUACCUCGACCAGGUGUUAUGUGUGCUGAACAGCAUUCGGAGUAACAGAAACCUUCAGAAGCUGAGUCUGUUUGGAGACACCUGUAUCCUCCAAGAUGAGGGCAUUUUGGACAGUGCCCAAUUCCAUCAGGUUGACCAAGGAAGCAAGAAAAUCAAAGAGAUCCAGAUGCUGUUUGAAGAGGUCCUGACCAACAGCAGGCGCGUGAAAUGGCUGUCCUCGGCCUUCAUGCUCGGGAUGGUCACCCCCACCACCCUUGCGGCGAUGUCCAACCCCAGCGCCACCUCCUUGGAGCACCUGAGCCUGCUGGACAAUCAGCUGCCCUCCCUGGUGCCGGCUGUUGAGAUGGAGCGCCUGCUCAACCUCCGCUCCCUGGCCCUGGACUUCUGCGACUUCACCUCCGACAUGUGCCGCCUCCUCUCCAGGAGCGACCACGUGCCCCUGCACCGCCUCUCCCUGCUGAUCAACGGCACCGUCCUGGCCAGCAAGCCCCUGGAAGGCACGGCCAGCGAGGACGACUGGAAGGCGCUGGUGCGCCACAGCGGCAACCUGCGCGUCUACGUCAUGGCGCUGGACGUGCGCAGCCAAGACCUGCUGACGGUGCUGAAGCCCAGCCUGCCCCUGGAGAGGAUUCACUUCGACAGCUACUCCACCUGCACCAGCGUGGCCAUCGUGGACCUCAUCUCCCUGCAGUACCACAAGACCCUCACCCACUUCAUCCUCAUGAGGGACGAAGCCGACUUCCCGGACCUCAGCGACAAUCGCAACGAGGACCCGCUGGUGCUGCUAGCCUGGCGCUGCAUUCAUCUCUCUGUGCUCGUCAUCCAUGGUUACACGGUUUGGGCCCACAACCUCGUCGCCAUCUCCCGCCUGCGCGGCUCCAACCUGAGGGUGCUGGCCGUGUCGGAGGAGAGCAUCGACUUCGACCCGGACCCGGUCUUCUACCUGGAGGAGGAGCCUGUGCGCAACCUCAUCAAGGAGGUGUCCCACGGGCUGGGCCGCGUCUGGCACCCCAUGAUGGACACCAGCAUCGUCCUGAGUGAGCCUUUCCAGCACUUCUACAGGGAGAUGCAGAGCUUCAGUGAGGGCAUGUAGCCCCCCCGCCCCACUCCCCACCCACCCCAUAUUUAACACCCAUGCUUAAUGCUUCUUUACAUAAAGGCUCUGUUUCAUUUUAUUUUUAUUUUUUGUUUUGUUUUCUGUAGUGUGAACUAACCCUUUAUAUGUGCUGUGUUUAAUCAGUAUUCGCUCAAUAUUUAUAUCUAUCUAUAUAUCUUGCUUCUUAAUAGGAGAGUAUAGUUGGAUAUUGGUUUAUUAGCUAAUGAGUGAGUGGGGGGGAAGGGCUUUAUCAUGGCUAGCUUACAAGACGUUAGGCGUGUUGUUUACUUGUUUGUUUAUUGGUUUCUUAUAGGGGAGUGUAGAGUUGCCGUAAGCUAAGUCUAUCGGUUUAUCCGUCCCUGUCUUUUUGAGGUGACAAGCUUCUUCAUGCUCAUUUACCUUUCGUUAGGUUUGAGUCUUCCGGCCUAGGACGGAGCUCUGAUGGACACUAGUACAGCCCUUCAGCCUUCUGCUCAUUUAAAAAAAGAAAAAUCUUUCCAAUUGUUUUGAGUUGAUGUUGAUAUGUACGGGACAAAGAUCCUGCUGGUUUUCUAACCUGGAAGUACAGACGCACUGGUGGUGGAGCUUUGUCCUUUCUUGGAACAGAUAGCAGAGGUUGACAUCUCACUCCACUGCAUAGUUCUGCAGGUUUCUUGGGGGCUGUGCCAGUGAUCUCACAAGGAGGAUCACUGUAAAAUGCUGCAGUCCUUUUCUUAAAAUCCUCUCGAUCCGUCUCAGGUAGGCGCCACACGCGAUGAUGGUGAUGAUGAUGUAUGAAGCAAUCAGCCAGUCUGUUGGUUUUAUUUAUUAAGUCUUGAGUCACAGUUGCCUUGAACAUCUCCUUGUUUCUAUAUCAAGGUUUAUGGAGUGUUUCAUCCACUGAGCUUUGGACAGAGGAAGAACUAAGUUUGCUUGUUCCAUAUCUCAGGAAUCUUGCACUUGCGGUAUUUUUACAAUGAAGGCUUUGUCUUGUGCUGUUGUUUGAGGCAUGUGUGCCUGGGGGCUAAAUACUGUGUGUAUUUGAAAAGCUCUUCCAAAACACGCUUUCAAAGUUGUUGGUUUUUUUUCCUAUUUGCGCUUUCUCCCUCAGUAGUUUUAAAAGGUUGACAUCUAUAAUGUGCGUCUGUAAGACUUUUAAAUAAUUUUCUAUGGUGUAUUUGCUGUUUUAAAGCUCAUAGAAGAGGGAAUCCGGUGCUUGCAUAGUAUUAGAAUGUGAAGCCAACAGUCUUUCGAUGGCAAAUCUGGAUGCUUCUUGUUCUGGAGUUCCCAUUAAUGGCAUAUCUGUCUUUAUCCUUGCUUGUCUGAAUAACAGUGGAGAUUUGUCGUUGCACAAUAGACUAUAUAUAUCUUCAGAGAGGACACUUCACUGUUGUUUUCAGAUGUGUGGGUCUCCCAACUCUUUAGUCCUGAGAUAAUGCAUUCCUAAGAUCCGAAGGCAUCACUUGAUGGUUUGGUUGUAAAACUACUGCAUUUGUGAACCAGCCACAGUGUUGACAGACCACUCAUGUCAGGAAAAAAGAACUUUCAGAAAACAGAAGUAUGCAAAUCGUUUUUGAGUGCUGACCUGUUACGUUUAGAAUGUGAAAAGGGGGAAGGGAAAAUUAUUUUCUGUCCGAAAACCUUUCAAUCAACCAGUGAGAUUUGCUGAGAUGUUUCGUAGCCUAUGUGUAAGACUGCAUGCAAAGUUCCUCUAUAACUGAACGCAAAGCCUGCAGAAAAUGCAUGAGAAGCAAAGUUAUGGUGAAGAAUCGAAAAAGAUGCAUGUAACCUGAGGGAUUAUUUUAUUUGUUUAAUUUCCAUUUCUAUUUUAGUACAACACCAAAAAGAAAAUGUUAGAUCACUAUAUAUUUGGAAAUGAGUGUUGUGUAUGUGUGCUUAAUAGAAAUUGGUAGUAUUCAGUCAGGAAGAUAUGACAAUGCCAGUUGUUACAAUCCGUUAUCUAAGGAUCGCUCAUGCCGUGCCUAAACCCAGAAAGCUUUCAUUUCAAACCUAUGUUUUGCAUUUAUUUCCAAUCAGUGUCUAGUACAGCAAUUUUUUUAUUAUAGAAUGUUCACUGAAGCAUCAGUGUUUUUUUUCUUUUUUCUUUCUUUUUUUUAAGUUUCAAAAGUGCAUACAUUGAGGGAGGUGUGUGUGUAAGAAUUAAGGUGUACCAUUUUCUCACCAGUGAACAACAGGAAACAGCCUUUCUCAGGGUUACGGUCAGACUAGGGAGAGGGGUUCAACCGCUCAGGCCUCAUGUACGAAAGCUUGUUAAUGGAAAGAAAAACCUUUCUCAACAAGUCACUGGAUUUUACUUCUGUCAGCGUCUGCGUCAGCUGCCAAAGAUCACGGUAAUACAACCCUAUCAAAGUGCCCACAUGCUGGCAGGGGGCAGGCCAAUGGCUGGCCAGCCAAGCUAUACUACUAUAAGAUUUACGUACUAAGAAGUCGAAGUUCGACCUGUCUUGAACACAGCUGUGCUGUGGCUUGGUCACCAAUGGUAGAACUCUUACAAUGCACCUGUUUCACUGUGAAGAGUGAAUGUAAUUCUGAAAAUCAUGGUUGGUUCUAUCAAACCUGUAAGCUGCUAUGAGACGAUAAGGAACAUUCCACUGGGGAGAAAAAAAACGGCCAAAUGUCUGCAUGAAGUUAUUUAUUUUUUUACUCCUUAUUUUUUAAUUUCUUUUUUUUUUUUUUUUGAGCAAUGGGGUCCAAUCAGUAGCAGACAGCUGGUCUGUUAUAAAAUCUUUUUGCAGUGUGAAAAUUUUAAGUACAUCAUGAUAGACGUGGUUGUUUACCCUUUCCCCUUGCUUAUCACUUUUCAGAGCAAAGGGAGGGGAUCUUUUUAUCCUGAAAACGACCAGUUGUUUCUUACAAUGUGGAUCUCCAUAUUUUCUUGUCAUAUUUUUUUGUUUUUAAUUUUGUUUUCAGAAACUUAUGCAUUCACAAUCUGAACUUCUCACUAAAAGGAGCCAGGCAGCUUUGGACAUCGAUCUCAGAGUUGACUUGCUGUUGCUUAUGUAGGCUACGUAUUUGCUCCGAUCUCUUACCUUAAUAAAGAUCACCUCAUGCCAGCCUUAAGAGUGCAAAGCUUGUAGUUGAGCAAGACCUUACAGGAGUGAGAAUCAUAGAUGCUUCCUAUCAUUGCUUUACUUCAUUUCUGAGAUUACACUGAGCAAACCCAAAAAAAUCAUCUUGUGUGAUAGAUCCUCUGUGGUAUAGGUCAGAAACAAGCUUGAGAGAAGUCAUUUAUUUAGGGCUGGCUUGCGUUACAAAGUUCAAACUAUGCAAGAGGAAUGCAUAUAACCUAGUCUCUUUUUUUCUGUCACUAAAAUGGAAAGAACUUACUUGCAAAUGUUGUUGGCCUUAUUAUUUUAAAAUUUUGAUUCUUCGGAAGCCAACUCAGUUUCAGGGGCAACCGUGGGUACAGACAUCGUCUCUGUGAGACUGGCCAGCUGGCCCCAGUUAAGUGGUACGAAUGUUGUGCAUUUGUUUAAAAUCAGGACAGUUCGCAAUAAAGAAGUCGGUAAUGUGGCCACCACGGGGUACUAGCAGUGCUAAGACCUGGCUGCUACCUUAUAAACUUCGGGAAAAAACACAAUGUGUAUAUACAUAUCUAUAUACAUCUAUAUAUGUGUGUUAUAUAUAGAUCAGUAUAGAAAUGUUUAUGCAACGCAUGUCCAGAUUCUAUUUAUGAACAUGUUUAAAGUUUAUAAGCGUUAUUUACAAAAUGGUUUUCCCAUCUUAAAUGUUUAAUAUCUGGACAGGAGUGUUCUGUCUAUUUUUGUCUCCAGUGAGCACAUAGCAUUAUGAUUUUAUAUGUACAUCAGCAACGUGAAUCCACUGGCACAGUUGUGAACAUGCCAGAUGUGGUGAGAUUU